CGGAAAACGACCGCGGUGUGCAUUACUGUAUGUAAAACAUUCCUACAUGUUGCGUAUAUAGACGCUUAGGCCAAUUCAGCAGCCAGCAACCUCUUGCAGUGGUUUCGACGGCAUGUUCCAAACAGCUGCAGCACCUCUCCAAGUGGAAUCAAGCGCUGGCGCAAACUGCUUACAAGGUACUUGCACUAUGCGAGCAACUGGUAAUGGGCAUUCUCUGCAAGCGGUUCAGCAGUCUCCAUGGCCAUGGAGCGAUUGGAAACCAACCGCCCAAGUUGCUGGUUUCCGCUGUGGCCCAAGGCUCGUUUCGGCCAGAGCUUCGUCUCUAGCUAUCAGUGGCAACAUGGACAACAAUUCGCCUGAAGUUGACGUGCGACUUGCUGGCGAUGCGAGAGUGUAUAAGAACGAUGGCAAAGUCGCAAUGUACGAGCCCCUAAGAGUCAUGGAUUGCACGUUUCCUUCUCAAGAGCUGGUUUCCUUGCGUAAGGACCCGCUGUGGUGCGAUAUGCAGCGUCUAAAUGCGACGUCGUUCGCCAUGGCUAUUCCCUCAAGAGCAGUCAACGAAGCCUUCCCUGCGCCAGUUCACCAGGGCAUUCCUAUCCUCAACCAGCAAGCAGCUUUUGGCUUUCUUUCCGGGCCCACCAGGGCGCCAUUUGCCAGCCAGGAUGGCAGCUUAGUUCUCGAUUGCGCGCAAGUUCUUUCCAUGGCCAUGCCAGCGCCAGCGCCAGUACGACCUUUGCGACAGCCAACCCUGAUACCACUCGCAAAUGCAGAUAUAUCAGCCGCGUCAACCAUCACACUCGCGCCCUUACCUUCGGCCUCGUCAACGGUUUUCCCGUGGCCUUGGACUCAAGCCCCACCCCCACCCCCACAACUUCAGCCAGCCUUCCCUAGGCCCCUAAACAACGGCCCCAACCUGUCCCUCCACAACCAUGACAACGCCGCCGCCCAGGUUCCCUGGCACUUGACUCGGCUAUCUGACGACCUCCAGCUAGACGAGAGCCUCCUGGCGGAGAUCGAGGCGGCUCCCUGGCCCUGCAUGGAGACCUCGCCUUUCAACAGCGCCUCAGCCGCAGCAGCACAUGAUGCACAUGUGGCCUCUGCUACGCCUGCUGCGUGUGCUUCGGUUGAUGCUGCAGGCUUAACCCCGCCCACACCCAGCAGCGGCAUCAUGAUGCGCGCUCUCGCGUCGUCAACAGCAGAUCUGCUGCUGCUUCCGGGUCGCUCGAACUCCUUCACUCCGGCAGCGGCAGCUGCAGGUCUGCAACUGUACGGCAACAGCGACCCGAUGAUGACGAUGACGUGGCAACCGCAGCCGGCAUUGUACGGCAUAACGCCAUCAGCAGCAGCGCUGCCGCUUGCCCACAGCCUGCAGCAAACCGCCUCCGGUGCUACGACUCCACCUGCUGCUGCGACCCCUUCCAC